AUGGAGGCCUCGGGCAAAACAACCGCUCUGGAAAUGGUGGACAUGGAGGUCAAUCGCCGCGAACCGGACGUCUCUGAGAAAGGCGAGACGGUGAGGGACAACGACGAAAUGAAUCGCAUGGGAAAGGUUCAAGAGUUCAAGAGAAACAUGCGACCGCUGGCAGCAUUGAGUUUCGCAUCGGUCCUACAAGCAACCUGGGAAUAUCUCAUCCUUUCCAACUAUACGGGCUUGGAGGAUGGCGGCUUGCCUGGAAUGUUCUGGUCAUAUAUAUGGACAUUCAUUGGAUUUGGAUUCAUUAUCGCCUCACUUGCAGAAAUGGCCUCGAUGGCACCCACUGAUGGUGGCCAAUACCAUUGGGUGUCGGAGUUUUGUUCUCGUCGACACCAAAAGUUCCUCAGCUACGUUACCGGUUGGAUGUCCGUACUGGCAUGGCAAGCUGGAACCGCCUCUGGAUCCUUUCUCACGGGCACACUGAUCCAGGGCUUGAUCAGCGUCCGAAACCCAGACUACGCGGCGCCGGGCUGGCAGGGUACCCUACUUGUCUUUUCUAUGGUUUUGGUGAUCUAUUUUUUCAACGUAUACGCGUCAGAAUUGAUGCCGAUCCUCAGCAACCUGCUGAUGUUAUUCCAUAUUCUAUCCUGGGCCGUGAUCUUGAUCAUGUUCUGGGCUAUGGCCCCCCACCGGUCUGCUGAGGCGGUGUUUGUCUCGGAUUGGAAGAACAUGGGAGCGUUACCUACUAUGGGGGUCAGUGUGAUGGUAGGACAGAUCUCGGCCAUUUACGGUUGUCUAAGUUCUGAUGCGUGCGCCCACAUGUCCGAAGAAAUCAAAGAUGCUGGUCGCAAUGUCCCACUUGCAAUGUAUUGGGGAUACUUUGUGAACGGUAUCAUGGCUGCUAUUCUCCUCAUUGCCUACCUCUUCGCUACUCCAUCUGUGGAAGACUCCCUGAAUGAUGCGUCGGGUUUCCCAUUACUUUACGUGUUCAAGCAGAUGACCUCCACCGCAGGAGUGAACGGACUGACAGCGAUCAUCAUUUUACCUGUGAUCUUCAGUAACAUCAUGUUCAAUGCGUCCACCUCGCGACAGACAUGGGCUUUUGCUCGUGAUAAGGGUCUUCCAUUCUCUCGGUGGAUCUCGAAGAUCGAUUCCAAGCGCAAGAUUCCUGUCAAUGCUAUCGCAUUGUCAUGCAUAAUCAGCUGUCUUCUUGCUCUCAUCAACAUUGGCUCGAGCACCGCGUUCAAUGCCAUCAUUUCACUGAACACAGCCGCCCUGAUGUUCACUUAUACGAUCUCUAUUUCAUGUGUCAUCUACCGGAAGAUCUGGUAUCCUGACACCCUUCCUAUUCGCCGUUGGGAUAUGGGGCGCCUCGGCUUGCCUGUCAACAUUAUUGGGCUGUUCUAUUGCGUCUUUGCGAUGUUCUGGUCUUUCUGGCCCACCGAGCUGCCCAUCACAGCUGACAACUUCAACUGGAGUGUUGUCAUUUUUGUUGCAGUAUUUAUCCUCAGUCUUGUGAUGUAUGUUGUAAAAGGAAAGAAAGAGUAUGAUGGGCCGGUGGUAGACGUCAAGCAAAAUUAG